CACCAUCAUAAAUCAUACCAAACCUGUUCUGCUCAAACCACUCGAUGAAGGGGACAGAUUGAGAUGCCCGGCUCUUUAUAAAGGCAGGGACGGAGACAAGGACACAAAGAGUCGAGGAAAGCUCCAGUCCAAACCCUACCGGCAGACCUUGUUCAGUGCGGACGUACUUCUUCUCGGUCAUCGCAGGACACACAAAAACAACCAUGAUCAAGAUUUUCCUCCUUCUGCUUCUGCUUGUCGGAACAAAAAGUAAAUUUACUGACGAUCUCGUUGAUGUCGGCGGUGAUGUCAGCGGUGAUGUCGGCGAGGAUGUCGGCGAGGAUGUCGGCGGUGAUGACAACGGUGAUGUCGGCGGUGAUGACAACGGUGAUGUCGGCGGUGAUGUCGGCGGUGACGUCGGCGGCGACGACAGGGGUGACGACGGGGGUGACGACGGGGGUGACGACGGGGGUGAUGUCGGCCAUGAUGUCGGCGAGGAUGUCGGCGGUGAUGUCGGUGGUGAUGACAACGGUGAUGUCGGCGGUGAUGACAACGGUGAUGUCGGCGGUGAUGUCGGCGGUGAUGUCGGCGGUGAUGUCGGCGGUGACGUCGGCGGCGACGACAGGGGUGACGACGGGGGUGACGACGGGGGUGACGACGGGGGUGACGACGGGGGUGACGACGGGGGUGAUGUCGGCCAUGAUGUCGGCGAGGAUGUCGGCGGUGAUGUUGGCGAUGUUGUCGGCGGUGACGUCGGCGGUGACGACAGGGGUUACGACAGGGGUGACGACAUGGGUGACGCCGGGGGUGAUGACGGGGGUGAUGACGACGGUGAUGUCGACGGUGAUGUCGGCGGUGAUGUCGGUGGUGAUGUCGGCGGUGACGUCGGCGGUGAUGAGGGGGGUGACGACCGGGGUGACGACGGGGGUGACGACCUGGGUGAUGACAGGAGUGAAAACGGGAGUGACAACAGGGGUGACGACAGGGGUGACGACGGGGGUGACGACGGGGGUGACGACGGGGGUGAUGACGGCGUUGAUGUCGGCCAUGAUGUCGGCGAGGAUGUCGGCGGUGAUGUUGGCGAUGUUGUCGGCGGUGACGUCGACGGUGACGACAGGGGUGACGACAUGGGUGACGCCGGAGGUGAUGACGGGGGUGAUGACGACGGUGAUGUCGACGGUGAUGUCGGCGGUGAUGUCGGUGGUGAUGUCGGCGGUGACGUCGGCGGUGACGUCGGCGGUGAUGACGGGGGUGAUGACGACGGUGAUGUCGACGGUGAUGUCGGCGGUGAUGUCGGCGGCGACGACAGGGGUGACGACGGGGGUGACGACGGGGGUGAUGACAGCGGUGAUGUCGGCGAGGAUGUCGGCGGUGAUGUUGGCGAUGUUGUCGGCGGUGACGUCGGCGGUGACGUCAGGGGUGACGACCUGGGUGAUGACAGGAGUGACAACAGGGGUGACGACAGGGGUGACGACGGGGGUGACGACCGGGGUGAUGACAGGAGUGAAAACGGAAGUAAUCCAGCACCCGCCAUCGAUAUUUUGUUGGACGAAGGCGUUGAAGUUUGCAUUGGGCUUCGCAAUCCCGUAGAAUAUGACAACCGCCACAUUACCUUCAAGGUUGUUGACGGCGUGGUCAAAUUGAAGGUGUCCACCGCCCAUUAAGCCGCUAAACUCUUAACAAUUUAGAAAGCGCUCAGCUGUUUAUCGUAAUUAGAAGUGCAGCGAUAUCAGUUUGACAUUUACUUCUGAGAUCAUGUUCCUGUUCUACCGUUCUCACUGUCACUCUGUUAACGACCUCAGGGGGCGGGUGUUGUUGGGAAGUGCUGACCUAUGGUGAUGUUUGGCAGUAUUCACACACUUUAGUCAUUGUUGAAAAGUCUGGGUUGGUGUUUCCUUCUUUGGAGAAUUACAUCUGAUAGAAGAUCAGAAGGACUUUGUGCUGUCUGUCACUCUCUGUAAGCUUCUUCUGGCAUCCAUCAAUCAAUAAAAAUGACCUAAUCAAA